CAAACAAACAAAAUUGAAAACAAUAAACAAAAUAUAACAGUGAAAAAAGCCAAACGAGGGAAAACUGUUGAUACGGUCGGUCAUCUGGUGGAUUUUUUUUGGAUUACAAAUUUCAUCUAUUGUACAACGAUUUGAAAAUGUUUCAAAGCUCAUCGAUUGCUGCUAUCAACAAUAUGUAUCUAAAUUACAAUUUUAAAUAAGUGUAAAUUACCAACAUUAUCACCAUCAUCAUUAUUAAUGGUAGUUGGUUCAUCAUUUGUUUCUCAUUUCCUCGUUAAAUUCAUUAUUAGUUGAUGAAUCUUCAAUCAAGUUGCCACUAAAAAUGUCAACAUCUUCAAGACCAAUUGUAAAAUGUAAACCGACAAUGUGACUGAAUUUAACAACCAUUUGUGAUGAUUACAUCGUGCUAAUUGUGGCCAUUAAGACUAUCUGAUUUGUGAUCUUUUAAUAAACCUGGGAAAAUCCAUUUCAUUAACCAAAGCCAUACCUGUUUUUUAAUGAAGACAAUGAUUUUAAUUAUUCUGUUUAUCAUUUCCCUGAUACCAUUGAGUUUACAAGAGUGUAUACGAUUUGAGUUUCAUGAAAAAAUUGAAUCAACCUUUGGUCAAUCUGAUUUGAUUAGAGCCAUGUGUAUUGGUAAAGGAGGACGUAUUAUUGAUUACUCUCUACAAAUGAUUCAAUUAGUUGGUCCAUCAAUUUUCAAUGUAACCUUCCAUUGUUGUGCUCCGUCAUAUUGCCUUAGUGAUCACGAUUGUCCAAUCAAUUUUAAUUGUAAAAACGGAAUCUGCUCAGUUGCUGAAUGUAUUUUGACCGAUGAGCCGGAAAUUGUACUUCAAGAGAGUCGAGAAUGCUUCAUUGACGAUGAUUGCUACUUUGAUAUACCAUUUGAUUCGGAUAAUUGGAGAUGUCUUCCUGAUCCAUGGUGCUUCCAUAAUAAAUCUUGUGAUAAUUCGUACAAUUUUUGUAAAAGGUGCCCAACAGGUUACAUAGAUGCUGACCCAAAACGAUUCACAGAUGGCACUGUUCAACCUCCGACAACUUCAUCUCCUUGGUGGUUAACACCUUCAUCAAUACCCAACAAUGAUCCUGAUGUUAGUAGUUAUUUUGGUUCCACCGAUCAACCAAUCAAUUCUGUUCAUCAUGAGCAUUCAGUUCCUAACAAUACUGAGACAACAUCUUUGGUCUCAAGUUUUGAUACAACUAUCAAUUCAACGCCAAUCACAAGAACGGUUACAACCUCUACAACCUCUGAAACUCCUGAACCAAUUACAGUCGGUUUUGAUGAACUUAGUCCAAAUGGAAAUAAUUCAGAGACUGGAUUUGGCGCCUCAGAUUUACCAAUCAACUUAUCGGAUGAUGAGUUAAUCACAAACGUCUCUGUCAUUGAUUUAGCAAGAAUAGACUCAGUUGAUGAAAUAGGGGAAGCCUUGAAUAGCACUGAAUUUUCCACACCACAGCCUCCGAUAUCAACUUCAAUUUCCUCGUCACCAUCAAGUCCAGAUUCGUCUUCUAAUCCUUCAUCCUCUUUGUCACCAUCGGGCUCAGACUCACCAUCUAAUCCUUCAUCACCCUCGUCACCAUUGAGCUCAGAGUCAUCAUAUAAUCCUCCAUUGGCCUCGUUAACAUCGGUUUCAUCUCACAAUUUGAAUAACUUUGAAUCAAGACCUUUUGUUACAGCUAAUCCUUUCGCUUGGGCUGGACUUUUUGAAAGUGAUUUGAAUAGAACAUCAACAAAUAGAAACAACACUAACGCUGAGAGAGGCACGACUAAUAUACCUAAUUUUACCGAUAUCAAUUAUAUCUGAAUAAACUAAUUUGUAAAUUUUUUUCAUUAUUCAAUUACUGGCAUUUAUACAACAACUAUGACAACUAUAUGAAACAAGUUUACGGCUGCUUGGAAUGUGAUGGUACUUUGUGAACUCCUCCAGUCGCCAAAAGACCACAGCAAUCUGGUACUUUACGUUUUCGACUCAGCAAUAAUCCAGAGCCAUUGGAAUCUGUUUUGUGUAACAUGAAUAAAAUAUUUUUACUCAAGAUUAAAAUGAAAUUGUAAAUAAAUCCAAGUAAAAUACUUACGAGCUUUAUCUUCACUCAAAAUUAUAACAGGUGCCGCCUUGAGCUCAGCUAUCUUUGAAAAACUCCUCUCACUGAACGAGCUUGACUGUGAAUCUUGGCUGGAGAAAUUAAUACUACUGUUUUUAUCAGACAAAUUUUGUACCCUGAAUAAGAAAUGAAGAAUAAAUUAAUUGUAAAACAAAAA